UUCCUUCGUUCGAUUAAGUGACGCAUUUGUCAGAGGAGGCGAAGAGUGGCCGGUUAAUAGUCGAGAAGCUGAGGCCUGGUCUGGGGACGUUCGUGGUCGCGGUAAAUAUGCCUUCAAUAAAGCUGCAGAGUUCUGAUGGUGAGAUUUUUGAGGUAGACGUUGAAAUAGCGAAACAGUCUGUGACUAUUAAAACAAUGUUGGAGGACUUGGGGAUGGACGAUGAAGGAGAUGAUGAUCCUGUUCCACUUCCAAAUGUUAAUGCUGCCAUUCUAAAAAAGGUUAUACAGUGGUGUACUCAUCACAAAGAUGACCCCCCUCCGCCUGAGGAUGAUGAAAAUAAGGAAAAGAGAACAGAUGAUAUUCCUGUAUGGGACCAAGAGUUUCUUAAAGUUGACCAAGGAACACUCUUUGAACUUAUUCUGGCGGCCAACUAUUUGGAUAUCAAAGGAUUGCUUGAUGUUACCUGCAAAACGGUGGCUAACAUGAUUAAAGGCAAAACGCCAGAAGAAAUCAGGAAGACAUUCAACAUAAAAAAUGACUUUACUGAAGAGGAAGAGGCACAAGUACGCAAAGAAAACCAGUGGUGUGAAGAGAAAUGAGCUGGUGGUGUCCCUACGUCAAUAACACACUGUAUAAAUUGUUCCAAAUAGUUGCACUGCUCUGUUUAUAAUAGACAAGUCAGUUCAGAAGCUUACCAUAUUAGCAGCAGGGUGUUUUUGCUGCAUGUUUUGUCCAGUAUACUUUUUUUUUUUUUUUUUUUCUCCUCCCCCCUAACCGAUUUUACCGUUGUAAUCUUGUGUGACUUUUACUAUUAAACUGUAAUAAAUCUGUGAUUUGUGUGCUUUGGAGGCACAAGGUGGAAUCAGGUUCUCUUUUGAUAUCUCAACCAGUCUGGCGUGUCAACACAGUCCAAUACUUAGGCACUUGUACAUCUAAUGCAUUAUGGUUUGGAAACUGAGGACUUUCAUUGUCACUUUUGCAUGAUGGUCUCCUUAGCAUAAUGACACACCAAAGAAGGCUGAACUGACAGUUAACACAAAUCUUAUUCACAUCUUCAUAUUCCAAUGUAACCUAAUUUUGGCACCAACCACUAUAACUUUUAAGGAGGUUUCAUCAGUGCUGCUGUUAUAACAUCAAGGCUGGAGCUACACAUGCGUUUUUUUUUUUUUUGUUGUUGUUUUUUUUUCGUUUUUGUUAGUGAUUUAAAUAGCCUCUCUGUUGGUUUGAUUUUUGUGAGACCCCCCUACCACACAGGAUAUCGAACUUGAACAAUCAGUCACCCUAGGCCUGUUGGUGUUUUUUUUUUUUCUCCUUUUUUCUUUUUUUUACAGUUUGGUCUCGCAGCAGAAAGCAAUAUCAUAUGGAGUACACUAUUGUGAGUAAUAUCUGAAACAGAUUCUGUGUAACCGGAUGCUGAUACUGUGAUGUACCAUACCAUGGUGCACAUGUAAAAUCGCAUUUGCAGCAACAGCCUAAUCGUUGCACUUGAUAUCAACUCAGGAGAUCCCAUUCUGUAUCUUGAUAGAUAUCUACUUUCACCUAUGUAAAUGUAUUUAUUUUAGUUGUUGCACGGGAAAAAAGGCAAACGUAGACACUGCUAGCUUUAUAUACUCAAUAAAUUGUAACUGGAUUCACAGUAUGUUACUGCUACGUUUUGACUGCAUAGUUGGCAAAAGUUGUAUUUGCAUUAAAUCUUCGAGUAAACGUGGACUACUGCUUGGUACGCAUUUGUUGCAUUACCUUGUUUUGCCCAGGCUCUUCUCCCAUCCCCUCUCUCCCUCUCUGCAUACCAAAGAUAAAACUGGUAUUGUGACUUGUCUUCAGAAAAGUUGUCCUACUGUAUUUAAGUGGCUAGGGCCAGUGUAAUCUGCGAGUCCCAGUGUGCAGAGUGGAACUCUACCUGAAAGUACUACAAUUUUUAAGAGCUGAUUCUUCCCCCCCCCCCCCCUUUUCCUAACUCUGGCAUAACUGUGACAGCCAGGGAUCUACUAAGAGUGGAGCUGCAUAGUUCCUCUUUUAUGGCACUCACUCUAUAUAUUCUAAUCAUCUAGGGGACACCAGCUUUAUGGUAUUGGUGGUCUGUGGACAAUAUUGGUAUCUGUAAAUUCUUGUGAGGAACCAGGAAAUUUAAGGUCACAUUGUCUAUGCUGUACUGGUAGGACUGGGCAUAACAGAUGGAAUUAAACACUGGCUUACUCUACAUAAAACAAAUUGAUAGGUUUGAAUAUGCAAGGGCGGGUGCAUCAGUGUUACUAGGUUUUAAAGGGUGAAUUGGGUCUAGUAGGACAACCCUUUUUAAAACCCUCAUAAUAACUUUUUGGCUUCCACAGAAUUUGCUAUUUUGUUUCAUACACAUUCAGCUGUUCCAUGCUUUAAGCUUCUAAAAUGGCCUAAUUUUUUAGUGUUCAUAAUACUUUUAAACUGUAAAAGCAGGUUUGAACUUUCCUAAUAAACUGAGUUUAAAGUA